UUUGACACAUAACCUAAUUUUCCGUGAUUUUCCGUUUCUGUCAAGUCGAGCCAUUACGAACCAUUUUUUCCUGAUAAUUUACACAACACAACGGACGACGAUGACGUGAAUACAGUUAAUCGCGUAACUUUCGAGGUUGUUCCCGUCCCCGAGAGUAUCCGCGAACAGUUUUUCGCCCGUAAAACCCAUUUUUUAGUGCCCCAUUUCAUACAAAAGUUACAAAAUACAAUGUCACAAGUGUUUUGGAGUUGCAUCGAUGGCCCUGCACAGUUGUAAAGGUUGUCUUCGUACUCGUAUAGCUAGAAUGGCUGAUAAACGUAAAGAAAUUCCCAUGGAGGUGACUGUUAAUGGUGAAAUUGGAAAUGGAUUUUCAACAGAUAGUCCAAUGAUGCCUUGGUUUGGAAUGGAUAUUGGUGGCACUUUAUGUAAAUUAGUGUACUUUGAGCCGAAGGACAUUACAAAGGAUGAAUUGGAUUCAGAGGUUGAAACAUUAAGAAACAUCAGGAGAUAUUUAACUAGAAAUUCUGCUUAUGGGAAGUCCGGUCAUCGCGAUACACAUCUUCAGAUGGAUGAUGUUAUUAUUCGUGGUAGACGAGGAACAUUACAUUUUAUCCGAUUCCCAACCAGCGAAAUGGGAAAUUUCUUAUCAUUGGCAAGAUCAAAAGGAUUAACAAAUUUAGUAAAAAUCGUUUGUGCAACUGGAGGGGGUGCUUAUAAAUUCGAAGAAAAUUUUAUUCGGGAAGUUAAUAUGCGAUUAGCGAAAUUCGACGAAUUCGACUCAUUACUAAAAGGAAUGCUAUUCAUCGAUUCGUACAACCGUAACGAAUGCUAUUAUUGGUCGGAUCCAACCGAUGAUGCUCGAUGUUCGAAAAUCAUUUAUGAUUUUUCGAACCCUUAUCCAUUUUUAAUCGUGAAUAUCGGCUCUGGGGUGAGCGUUUUAGCCGUUUAUGGUCCGGAUAGUUAUAAACGAGUCUCAGGAACAAGUAUAGGUGGUGGAACGUUCUUGGGUUUAUGUUGUCUCUUGACCGGUUGCAAUACGUUUGAAGAGGCGAUCGAAUUAGCGACGGGGGGCGAUCACACGCACGUUGAUAAAUUGGUUAGAGACAUUUACGGUGGCGAUUAUGAAAGGUUCGGGCUGAAGGGCGAUUUGGUGGCGAGCAGUUUUGCUUUUUUAUCUAGUUUUGGGCAGAUGAACUCGAGGGAUAAACGGUCGAAAGUUAGCAGAGAAGAUUUAGCAAGGGCCACUUUAGUUACUAUUACAAAUAAUAUUGGGUCAAUUGCUAGAAUGUGUGCUUUACAAGAAAAGAUAGAUAGGGUAAGUUUUCAAUCUUUAUCUUUACUAAAUUCUUCAUUGUUUUAAUAAGUAACAUACAAA